UACAAAUGGAGGCAAGAAAGAGGACAUUUGAAAUGGAAUAUAUGAAUCACAGAAAGUGCAAAUUUGGGAACCAGGUUAGAGCAAGUGGGAAUGAAUCUGCCUGCUCUGUCCAGACUAAUUAAAUCUUAACGUUUUAUUGUUUCUUAGUUCACAUUAGGGAUUGACCGCCUGGACUUCCAGAUGUUUUGAGUUUAACUCCCUUCAGCCCCCGGACAUCAUCACCAGCGGAAUUGUGGGAGUUGAAGUCUAAAACAUCUGGAAGGUACCAGGUAGCCCAUUCUAGUUCGCACCUCAUGACUCGGCUGUAGCAUCUCUACCUCCUCGCGGUAACACCCGAGUUCUCCUGGCCAAAGACACUUUCUACCGCCAUCUUUUUGAUAUGGACCUGCCGGGCUUCCUCGGUCUUUCCCCUCCUUGGAACAGAGCAAGACAUAGCCCAGUUCAAGAAGGCGUCAGGGUCCUUCUCCGUCCGGUCACUUAAGUCUGUCGGCUCCCUCACCGCGUCAUUUUGCGGAGGCAGUGGAGACACUCACGCCCUCCCACCCGCGGUCAGAGAGAACCUUAUCAAUCCGCCCUCUCCGGCAGUGCGUGAGGUUCUCUGCGGGCGAAAGCCGUGAGUUGAGAAGAGGGGAGAGGCUAGACAACCUGGGGGCGAGGGGCGGCGUGCCUGCCAGCUCCCAUCUCUUCAAGCUCCGUGGGGAAGGAGGGAGCCGUGGGCCAAAAAAAAAAAAAAAAAAAAGACAAAAAGGCACGCCACCUACGACUCCGCCAGGAAAAGUGCCAAGGCGAGGGCGGAAAACGAACUUUGCAAUCUCCAGUCUUAGGAGAAAACGCGCGGGUGGAGGGGGCGGAAUCACGAAAGCCUCGGAGAAACAGCGGUAGCUCUGCCUUCCUGGUUCGGUUUGGCUUUUUAAAAACUGAAGAGGAGGAGGAGGAGGAGAGGGAGCGCCUGGAAAAGCUGUACAGCCAGCAGUCGCCAGCGAGAGAGAGGGAGACACAGGGAAGGAGAGAGAGAGAGAGAGAGAGAGAGUGGUAGGGAGGGAGGUGAAUUAGUCGGUUAAUGCAAACAGCCGCGGCCGUCCCCAGGAAAGUAGGACCGCUCAGAACGCUGCCCACGCCGCGAAGGGGGAUUGGUGGGGGGCCCGAAGAGCAAGAGUCGCGGGAGGAGAAGGGAGGGAAGCCGGCAGAACCACCUUGAAGGCGCCCAGCUGUCCCAGGCGCGUCUCGGGGUCUGUCCUGGCGCCGGCACGCGCGUACACACACACACACACACGCAUCUCUACACACGUGGGCGCUUUUCGCCUCCGCUCGCAGCUGGACACGAAUCCCCUGGCCAAAAGGGGGGAGCGACGCACUGAUUCCCAGAAGGGGGGCAUCCCCUCCACCCCGGACCUACUUUCCUCCGUCUGCCAGUCGGUGCCAUCUCAAUUUGGAGCGUGGGAGCUUGUGGGCAGCAGGGCGCCGAGUCUCCGGAGCCUUCGCUUUAAGUGGCGGCCAGUUUCCCUUCCUUUUUCCCCUCCUCCACGCACUCCUUCAACUCUUAAGAUUUUUCCCCCCUUUUUGUAUGUACCAGAGGUGAUUUCCCCCCCCCCGCCCCCAACUUCUUGGGGGUUUUUAUUAUCUCCUUUCUCUGUUUGGUAGCCUGGAGGAGAAAAGGCAACCUGCUUUCCUGACUUUAAAGCAACAUUUGCAACCUGUUACAUUUCUUUUUUUAUUAGGCGCUACCUGUUGCAGGUUUUGUUUGUUUUGGUUUUUUUAAUAGAAAGCGAUUGCUGGUUUGAACACUCCACCUUUGCUGGAGCAUCGCAUCUGCUCUCCAGCUCGCUCUAGGACUUGCAACCAAUUCAAGCAGUUUGGCGGACUGGCAACUUGACAUAUGCUAUUUGGACUAACCAUCGGUUGCAUUUAUUCUUUCGAUCCUCGUUGUUUUUUUUAAAAAAGAUCUGAACCUCGUUUGCACACCUUCAACUGCCACGGAGAAAAUUCCAGGAAACAUUUUGGUUCUUUCUUUGUGGGAGAAGCUAAGGGAAAAGAAGUGUGUUUUGGGCUUUAUUUUAUUUUUCAUUUUUAAACCUUUUUUUCUAAAAUGCACUGCUCUCUCCUGAGCGUGUUCCUCACCCUGGAUCUGGCCACGGUGGCCUUUGCUCUGUCUACGUGCAGCACCCUAGACACGGACCAGUUCAUGCGUAAGCGGAUCGAAGCGAUCCGAGGCCAGAUCCUGAGCAAACUGAAACUCACCAGCCCUCCGGAAGAGUACCCCGAGCCCGAGGAGGUUCCUCCGGAGGUCAUCUCAAUCUACAACAGCACGAGGGACUUGCUGCAGGAGAAGGCGAACCACAGGGCAGCCUCUUGCGAAAAGGAAAGGAGCGAUGAGGAAUAUUACGCCAAAGAAGUUUACAAAAUUGACAUGGGGAGUUACUACCCGUCGGCAAGGGCUUCUUUCCCUAUUCUAUCUGUGGAACCAUCUUUCCCCAAUGGGAUUGGUCCAACCCACUUGUGCUGGCAGAAGGGACCUACUGCGGACCCCAAGGAAUUUUGGCUGGUGGGAUCCAGAAGAGCCUUCUCUGGUCUUUGGAACAUCUUGCCACAGCAGGCUGGUGAAGUCUGUCCACCUCCUCUUCAGGAUCCAGGUCUGGAACUUUCUGAGCAACCUCUUGAUGGAUGGUCGCGACGGUUGGAGCGUUUCUGGCGAGCCACAAGGCCUUCACAGCACCGCUUGCUGCUUCUUCAGCUGCAGCUUCGUGCAAGACAUCUUGGAAAGUGACUUCAGCUUUAGUAAAGUUUUUUGUUGCAGUUCUCUGCAUCUAAUGCCACAGACAAAGCGGUCUUGUAAGCGUUCUUCCAAGUCCUUGAAUUCACAAGGCCUGGCAGCUUGUCUCAAGGCAGUGAUGAAUUCAGCAGCAGAUUCGCCUGGCUUCUGGUCCCUCUGCUCAAAAGCAUGCCUCCACGCAAUUACAGAUAGUUUGGGAUGGAAGUGAUUCUUCAGCAUGUUUUUUAAGUCUGUGUAGGUGACAGACUCCUGUGGUGCAGGGGCUACCAGGUUUUCGGCCACAUUGAAGGUGUCCUGACCGCAGAUGCACAGCAGGGUUGCCGCUUUCAGGCUGUCUUCCCAAACCUGGUUAACCCUUAGGUAAUUUUCUACCCGGGCCACAUAGGAGUUCCAGCGCUCUGGGUGAGAAACAUCGAAUUCUGACAAGCGUCCUAUCUUCGACAUCUUCUGCUUUGGGAUGCCUUGCUGCAAGCUUUCGUUGGGGGAAGGACCCGUUUGCCAACUUCACUUCCAGCGCUACUGUACUGGCAGGUGAGUGCAGAGCUGGAUGCUGAUUCCCAGGCUUCAGGCUCUUCAGAUGAGCCUGUCACUCAAGGUCUCCUUCCUGAUUGCUAUUACCUCGGCCAGGCACAUUUCAGAAUUGGUUGCCUUGUCGGUUAGGAAGGAUCUGUGCAUGUUUCAUGAGGACACGGUGGUUCUCAGACUAGAUCCUUCGUUCAUUCCUAAGGUUAAUAUGGUUUUCCAUAGAGCACAGGAGGUCAUCCUUCCAAAUUGCUGCUCUCACCCAUCACAUGAAUUGGAACUUCAUUGGCACACCUUGGAUGUAAGGAGAGCGUUACAUUUUAUAUCAAGCCCAUGGCACUCUUCCGUAAAUUGGAAGCUCUGUUUGUGUCGUUCCAGCCUUCUACAAUGGGUCAAAAGACAUCAGCUUCCACCAUAGGCAGGUGGAUCAGGGCUUGUAUCUCAUGCACUCUUGCCUUACCAGUUCCUCCUCAUGUGACGGCACAUUCCACCUGCAGUGCCGCUACAACUGCAGCGUGGGCUACCCAGGCGUCCAUUGAGGACAUCUGCAGGGCGGCGACAUGGUCUUCGCCAUCUCCAUUCAUUAAGCAUUAUUGUUUAGAUAAAUUUGCGUCGGCUGAGGCCGCUUUUGGUAGGCGUAUUUUGCAACAAGCGGUCACGCCAUCUGGAGGUCUGGCCCCAACUGACUCCCACCCUUAGGGAUUCCAGAGGCUUUGAUACGUCCCAUUGGUGGAUUCUUCAGUCAUCAUGCUGGAGAAGGAGUGUUGGCUUACCUGAACACCUUUUCUCAGCAUGAUGAUGAAUAAUCCAUGCCCUCCACUACUACAUGUCAGUCAGGUCCAGGUGGGGUAGUUGUUUGGUUAACUUUCUUUUAAUACCUGCUCGAGAGUCAUCACGUCGACCUGUUGUCACUGGCUACUCCCUCGAUGAAACUGGAAGCCCCAGAUAAUGAGGAGACGUGACAACUUGACAAAUUGGUCUGAUUGGGCAGGAGGACUGAAAUAACCCAUUGGUGAAUUCUUCAUCAUCAUGCUGAGAAAACGUGUUCAGGUAAGCCAACGCUCCUUCUCAGUCAUUCUGGGUUCCAAGAAGUAGUUUUCACAGGCAACAGGUACAGGAGGCAAACAACAGAAGGUUUAGCAAGCAGUCUGGUCAGCAGUGGCUCUUAAGUGGGAAUUGCAUAAAGGAUAGAAACAUCCUUAACAUGCAAGAAGCCUGGCAGAUCUCCUCUGUUCUGCUCUGUAAUCAGUAUUACAUGCUAUAAGACCUGGAGAAGGGUGCUGGAUCCACCCCCCUCUCCCCCCAUCUUCUGUCAUCUCCAGGUAACUGGAAUAUUUCUCAAGCCAUGUUAGCCUCUGGCAACUGAUAUCUGGGCUCCUUUUGAGGUUGCUAUUUCUCCAGGCAUCCUGAACAGCUUCCUCUCAUAUUUAUCUUAGGCUGAGUUGACCAUCACAUAGCCCUAGAAGGGCUGAAUGGCUAUGGAUUGAUGGGACCUCUGUUUCUGGACUUUUCCUAUUUUAAUUUUUAUAGAGUUUCAUUUCCCCAAAUGGUACUGAAGUUACUAUUCUUGUUCAUGGGGCAGUGGAAGCUUGAGUGGCUGUAGCUUUGGACAAAUCCUUUUUAUGUAGUAAUUAUGCCCUUUUUUGGAUUAGAAAGUUGUAUUCAUGCCUUGGUCUCUUUGUUGUUGGACUAUGACAACAUAGUCUUCAAGGGCAGACCCAAGUAGAGUAUUUGGAAGGUACAUCUGAAUGAAUGCAUAUAGUGGGCAAAAGCGUUAUGAGCACACUUUGGUUCAUCUGGGUAACACCUUUCCUCCACAAGGAGCAGUCAUUGCUACCUGGCUUUUUGAUGAAAUCCAAGGUGCUUAUCUUCAACUGUAAUGGAAUGGGAGAGACGUGGUGAAGAAAAGCUGCCUGGAGAACAAUCAGAUAAGAGACAUCAAAGCUCGCAGCUGCAUAAUGUCCAGAGAAAAGGGACCCUCCCUAGCUU